GCAAAGUGCAUGUAAUAAUGUACCAAGCGAGAGCAUUAUUGGUUGUUCUUGGGAUGGAAGCUGGAUGAGCUUGAUAAAGCCGGCCAAGUCACAUGAUGCCAAAUGCACUCUGCUUGGGUUAUUUAACCAUCUCACAACACAUGCGAACAACACCCCGGGGAGCUUUGAAACGCCCAACAUCAGCAAGAUGUCUUACGCGCUGGCUACCAAGAAGCGGAAAUUUCACAGGGUUCUUGACUCGCUGUCCGGCGCCAAUGUACAGAAACCUUCCAAUGCAGACUCUUCGACAGCCAAAGAUGCCUCUCCCACCCCAGCGAAAUAUCCAACUAUCAAAAAGGUACGGUUGGCUUCGUCGGGCUCCGUAACCGACUCCGAGGAUAUGAUUAUUAGGCCUUCCGUGUCGAAUAUACCCCGACACUCCUCUCUGUCCCCGUCAUCACAGCAGCGCCCAAAUUUCGUACCAUGGGACCGUGAGCGAUUUCUCGAGCGGCUCGAGACGUUCCGCAGGGUAGAUCGAUGGUCGCCAAAGCCAGCUGCCAUAAAUGAGGUUCAAUGGGCAAAGCGCGGGUGGUCGUGCGUGGAUGUUAUGCGGGUAGAAUGUGUGGGUGGCUGUGGUCGUGCUGUUGUUGUGAAGUUGCCAGAAGAGGUGGAUGAUGUGGGCGACGAUGAUACUGACAAAAUUAUUGAGCGGAGGGAAGUUGAGGCUAGAUUGGUGGAGGAAUAUUCCAAACGAAUAGCAGCUGGCCAUGCGGAACGUUGUCCGUGGCGGAAAAGUGGAUGCGAUGACACUAUUCAGAGGCUGCCGCUCACAAAUCCGGAAACAGCAGUAAAUGGUCUACAUGCGCGUUAUUUGAAUCUUGCCCGUCUCGAGUCUAAAUUACCCUCAAUCGAAAACAUCGAACCGCCGUCUAAACUGGAUUUAGACGGAACCAUCAGUAUAUUACCUCCGGCAUUGCUAGGUGGUAACCUAGAGCCCGAAACACAGAGAGAAACACGAAGAGAAACUACCAACAAUACCCCCCAGCCAGCCACCAAGAAUGGCGAUAGUCACGGCAAUAUAUCUUCUCAGAAGAUAGGAGCCGAACUAAAUAAAGCGGCGUUUGUACUUGCGGCUUUUGGCUGGGAUGCUGGCCCCGAUGUUGGCGCAGGCUUAGCAACAUGCGGUGCCUGUUUCCGCCGGCUGGGAUUGUGGAUGUAUAAACCCAAGGAGGAUGGGAGUGUUUCUGUGUACACUAAACUCGACGUCGUUGAUGAGCAUAUGGAUUACUGCCCAUGGGUCAAUCCGAAAACGCAGAGUGGUGGCGGGAAACCUGGCUUACAUGGUUUCAACGGUAAACCGCAGAGCGGCUGGGAGAUUUUGAGCCAGGCGAUUAAGACUAUGCAUCGUCGACGGACGAGAUGUGAUGUGCCAUCAACUUCCGCUGAGAUAACUAGUCAGGAAUCUCUGGCAAGUCCUGGAGAAGCUAAGGUUGAUGACGAUGAAACGCAGAAACUACGGGAUAGAGAAUGGUGGACUAAACUGCGGAGAGUGAGGCAGUCAUUACACGUGAAGGGGCUGAAGAAAACGAAAUGAGCUGCUGGGGAUACGAGAAUUAUAUCACUUGGUUAAUAAUGACGAUCCGAUCUUUGGCAUAUUUUCAAGCGGGCCUUUCUUGUUGGUUUUGCGAUUCCUCUGGUUUGCUUUUCCAGGCAUGUAUAUUACAUUUAUACCCAUCAUGUUCAUUCAGCGUCCAAUUUCCAUCGAGUGUUAUGAUCUCAAUAUUCUGCUGCUUUCUCCAAUGGCAACGUUUCUUGAGCUCUGUGGCUGAAAUCCACCACGUAGAUACCUCCAUCGAUGUACAGUACCGUCUCAUAAGUUUGAGACUUUUGUGAUUUCCAGACAAAUAGUGUGCCGUGAUAUUUAAAUCUCAUUUAUCUCUAUUCUUCUUACAUAUUUUCUUUAAACUAAUAGUAACUAGCUCUAUUCUAUUCAUGUGUUUUCUAUUCUAUCUAUUACAAUGUCAAAUUGGGUGACUGCAGCAGUGAUUAGAGACAAAUGAAUGAUAUACAAAAUAUUGUAAUUUGGGAACU